GAGUCAGGGAAAAUUCAUUACAGGACGCUUUUUACAUAAUCGUCCUGUAAUGAACAAGUUUCUUGCGGUAAUACUGUACCAGAGAGUAUACUGUAUUAGAGUAUAGUAUAUAGAGUAUUGUAUACUGUACUGUGUAUACUGUACAACAAUGCGCUAAUUUCCACACUAUCCAAUAAAUAUCUAACUCUGUUACCGUAAACCUGUCCUUCGCAUUCGGUCACAUAUUUUUGGGAGUCAUUUCGUCUGAAGGAACGAUAAGACCCGAGAAUUGCUUGGUAUGAUCGUUCGUGAAUUCAAUAUGUUCAAAGUCCAUGCUGAAAGAGCACGUCGUCCUUCGAAGUUCUAUGCGCUAUGCUAUACAUGCAUGCAAUAGUGGAAACUUAAUGGUAAGCGUGUGUCCUCGUGUGGGUCGAUGGAUGAUUGAGCACUGGUUGUAAAUGUCUACAAAAGAGUAGUAGAAAUAUGUUGCAAGAUAGUGUUUAUUAAGUGAAUUUGUAACACCAGUGACAACAGUACUAUUACCAAUUGUAUUUUCUGAUUUGUAGAGGAAGUGUAAACUCCAUCGAUUGAUAAUUAUCUUUGCGAGAAAAAAUGAACAACACGGACCCCGAUGCGACUUACGCCGCUUCGUAUUCUAGCAAAGAUCCCAGUAUGAAUGUGUCUGUGCACUCACAGCAGAAUUUGGCCCAGUUAUCCCCAUACCUCAAUUUUAAUCCUGUAUAUUUGCCACAAAGUCAACCUGAAUUUAUAUUUCCUGAGGGAGUAGCGAGACAAAGGGGUCGGUUUGAACUAGCUUUUUCACAAAUCGGAGGUUCUUGUAUGUUGGGAGCUGGAAUUGGAGGCAUUGGAGGAUUCUAUAAUGGUCUGAAGAGUACAACUCUAGCUGGUCACACUGGAAAAUUGAGACGUACACAGCUACUUAAUUAUGUUAUGAAGCAAGGAUCUGCAACUGCAAACACAUUGGGAGUAUUAGCUGUCAUGUACAGUGGAUUUGGAGUUAUAUUGUCAUGGGCAAGAGGUUGUGAUGAUGAACUGAAUACAAUUGUCGCUGCUAGUGCAACAGGACUGUUAUAUAAAUCAUCAGCUGGUCUGAGAAAGUGUGCCAUUGGCGGUGGAAUUGGAUUUAGUUUAGCUGCUGUUUAUUGUUUGUGGAGUGCAAGAGAUAAGCUUCAAGAUUUUCGACAAGAAUAUAACCCUGCGUAAGGAUAUUUUUUGUUGCCCCAUGGUUAUGUAACUACUGUAAUGUAAGCAAUGUAAAAAAUAGGUUAUGCAGAAUUUCUUAGAUGAAUGUUAGAAUGUUUGUGUAAAUGUCACUUAAAUUUGUUAGUGUGUUAACUAACAAAUAAUAAAAGUUAUGUAUUUUAGAGUUCAAGAUUAUCUGCUUUGUAUAUUCCUAAUCCUCUGUAAAGGUUUUUUGGACUAUGUUUCAUGAAUAGAUGGAUUUUUCAAUUAAAAUAUAUAUAACAAAAGACAGUACUGUGUAUUAUAAAUAUAAGGAGUGGUUCCUUUGGUACCAUUUGCUGUCAGUUACAAAUUGUCGGUGAUGGUCAUUUAGAUACACUGUCCUCCCAAAAUUUGAACUAGUGUUGUUAGCAGUAUAUGGCUUACUGAUAUUUCUAAUAAUUCUUUUCACUGAAUCUUAGUGAAUGCUAGCAAUAGGUUUCUGAACAUUGGAUGUAAUUAACCUUGCUUGCUAAGGCAAUGGUUUUACAGCAUGCUAUUUUUGGUGGAUGAAUCUCCAUGUAUAAUAUUAAUAGCAAUUUUGAUAAAACUUAGGAAGGUGAGGGGUUUUUCAGAAGAUUUAGGUUUGUGUUCUGUAAUGGUGUGUUGAUUUCUUUGCACUGCAGAUUCUUUGGGGGUAAUUUUUCCUUUUACAAUAUAAGUACAUUUAGAAAUAGCAGCAAAGUUAGCACAAUGUUUUAAAAUCUUAAUAUAUGAAAUAUCUGUGGUCUCCCUAGUCCCUUUACUUUAGUAAAAGCAUUACAUUUAAUUUAGUAACACCUUAUAAUUAAAAUAAAAUCCCCCCACCAAAUGUAUCUCAAUAAAACUAAACUGAGUAAGCAAGUAGACUCCUGCUGUAACCAAAGUAGAUUAAUGAAUCAAAGUAGUUCUUGCCCUAGAAGCCUCAAUUGCUAACAUAUUUUUUUAACCCUAUCAUUCUCAUCAAACAAAUUCCCAAGCAUACAUUUCUGCCGUAUCAAUAUAAUAUUUUGAACUUGUGUUGAUAAUAACAGAAUCUGACACUUUACUAGUCUGAUCUUGCACACCUAUGAAUAAUGCUUUAAACAAUUUUUGCUUCACCAAUAAUGAAAGGUAUUUAUAAGAAGUGGUAACAAGUGGCAAAUAUUGGGAACGUCAGACUGCACGCUGAUGUGAACUGUAAUUUUUACAAUUUUUUCUUUGUUAAAACAUAGGGAAUGAUUUCAAGAGAAUGUCACUUAUUUAUAUGACAUUGAAGAUUGAUUAACUAAUCAAAUUAAGAGAUUAAAUACAUACUGUUUCGGUUGUAUGCAAGGAGAUAGAGAUAACAUUUCAAUGGACAAUAAUGAAAUAGAAAUAUAGUCGGGAUUAUAAAGGUAGCAUGUUGUGGGAAGUGCAGAUUGAUUUACACUAUUGCAUCAUUUCUGAGUCACCAUUUCACAACUGGGUCAACGAUUUUAAUACUUUGACACAGCUUUCUGCAAUCAUUUCACAUAAUUUUCCACCUGUUAAUCACUUACGAUCACAUUUUUGUGGGGGGGGGAAAUGGGUAGUGUCUUGAAAUCCAUUGAAUUCUGGAAAAAAGUGUAUCCCCUCAAAAUGCUUGGAACAAGGCCUGCUUUAAUAAGUGAUUGUUAAACUUUGAACUACUGUAUCAGUAUUGAGCUGCUGCAAAAACUGAAUUUUAAGACUGCAAAAUGAUGAAGCAAUGAAGUUACCACAUGAUUCAUGAAUGCAAUUGCUAUUCCAAAUUUGACUUGUUCAUAAAAAUUAACAGUAGUACAUAACAUGAACAAUUUAAUUUGGAUCUCAAAAUAUGAAUGUUGAUAGUGAGAUGGGCAUUUGGAAUUUUGGUAUUAUAAUACCUCGAUCACUUCUUAUUGUAAGUAAACAGAAAAGAUGGCUCAUAAAAAAGCAAAUGCUUAAAACUAAAAUAUUUCUGGAGAGUUUUUGAAGUCAUGGAUACUUUGAGUACCACACAUCUUUGCAAUGUAAUUUCAACAAAUUCCAGUGAGCCAAAGCUGAGGAAAAAAUUAAUGCUUGUGCAAUAAACUUUGUACAAAUAAAUUAAAAAUUUGUUGUGCUAGUGAUUGGGCUUUUGCCCCUAUGUCUAAAACAAGAAAAGGAGGGGGGGAUACGAAUGUGUUCUCUUGAAAGUUACAGCUCUUCAGUGUUGGAUUUAUACACAUAAUACCCUACUGCCAAGAACUGUAAUGCAAACUAAGUUGUAGUGUUAUUUCUUUGAAUAUCAACAGUUUGAUGUCAAAAGUCAUUAACAUUGUUGGAACAUUUCCAUGUGAACUUCACUAUAAGCAGUUCUUACCAGUUUUCAUUACUGCUUUAGCCAUUACAAGAGUUUUACUUUCUCGCCUUAUGAAGUUCUUUGUAAGAAGAGAAAGUUAUGCACUGGAAAAUGGUGAAUUUUUUUUACUUGAAGGAUUGUCUAAAAGAAACAAAAUUUAAAAUUAUUGGUGCUUCAUUCUUCUACUUUUAAUUUUUCAUGGUAGGUCUUUACCUUGAAUUUGAAAGUAUUUGAGGCAUCAGUUAUUUUUGGCUUAUAACUAUUCUCUUCUCUUCUGGAAUGUUUAAUUCUUAUGGUAUAACUUGGUACUGUGUUUGGCACAGCUAUUAAAAAAGGAAUCUCUCCAAUGAGAUCACUGAACAUGUCUUUAGUGGUGAUGUUACAAAUGAAAGCUGGAAAGGUUUGUUCACUUUUUUUUCUAUUUUCUUUUUUAGUUUAAUUUCUUAGAGUUAAAGUACUUUUUCUUACAUUUCUGAUGUGCUAGAGAAAAAUGUUACUGCACCAACUUCAUAUAAUUCAAAAUCUUAAUGCAUUAAUAACAUUUAAAGUUCUCAAAACCUUUAUUAUGUAAGGCGUCAGAUGUUUAAAAUUAUUUCCUACUUUUUUCCCUCGUUACUUGCUUCUUUGGCAACUAAUGCGGAAGGAAGAGGUAGCAGAAUCUUAUGGGCAUUCCUGUUAAGCUACAGGGCAGUUGGGCUGAUUUCUCCAGUGGACUUAAAUUCAGCUUUUACUUUCUACAUUGUACCUUCACUAGAUGUGAAAUAUAUUUAUGUCAACAUG